AUGUCCUCCCUCGUCUCCGAGUUCCUCAUUAACCCCGUCCUGCGCCAGGCACGUCGAUUCUCUGAAAUCUCGCGAUCUACCUUUGCUGGAGAUGGAGGUGAUUCGGCAGAUCACACCGACGCAGUGAGCGACUCUGGCCACGUCGAUAGCCCUGUUCCUACCGAUAAUCCGACAUCUGCUGCUCCUGAACCGGAGUCCAGGCCCGCCCCAGAGUCUCCCCUCACACGACCCCUCAGCGUCUCGACCCUAGAGACCAGAGUCGAAGAGAUCGAACCCGUUCCGAUCAUGGCUGAAGGGUCUCCCCCUCGCGAUCACAUUGGCAUUGCGCUGAGUCCGCUCAGCUCUCGCCGGAUUCCAGAAGACGAUGGCAUGCGCGAGCUGCGGUCCCGGAUACAUGCGAUCAACGCCAAGGAUAUCUCCCCGCCUGAAAAGGCGCGGCAGAUCCACGAUGCUCUGCUAGAAGGCUACAAUGCCUCCAGAAACGUCUUGCAUGCGAAGAAGCCCUUGGAGAGUGGCGACGGUCUGGAACAUGCUCUUGCACAGUCUCCCUCGUCGCCGGCAUCUCGACCAUUAAAGUUUUGGCAGCACCAGGCUGAGGAAGAGUCUUUCGUCUUGACUGAGGAGGACAAGAAACCAUCAUUUGUGCCUGUGAAGCCUCCAAAGCGUCACGGCAGUGAAACACCUGUGGAACCACUCGAGGUGGUACCAGAGACGGAACAGCCCCUUGGAUGUCAGCACUAUGAGCGGAACGUCAAGAUGCAGUGCUUCACAUGCAAGAAGUGGUACACCUGUCGCUUCUGUCAUGAUGCGAAUGAGGACCACAACCUCAUCCGUUCCGAGACCAGGAAUAUGCUCUGCAUGAUCUGCACAACCCCUCAGAAGGCUUCCGACAUGUGCAUCAACUGCGGCGAGAUAUCCGCUCACUAUUACUGCAAUAUCUGCAAGCUAUGGGAGAACCGCCAAAGCAAGCCCAUCUACCAUUGCAGCGACUGUGGCAUCUGUCGACGCGGCAUGGGUCUGGGCAAGGACUUUUUUCACUGCAAGACCUGUCGUGCAUGCAUCUCUACAUCGAUCGAGAGCUCGCACAAGUGUAUCGAGAGGUCGACAGACUGUGACUGUCCCAUCUGUGGCGAGUAUCUCUUCACCUCUCCCCGGCCCGUUGUGUUUAUGCACUGCGGCCACAGCAUCCACAAGAAAUGUUACGAACAACACAUGAAAGUGUCUUACAAGUGUCCAAUCUGCAACAAGAGUCUCACGAAUAUGGAGAGCCAGUUCCGGAAUCUGGAUGUGGCAAUUCAGAGCCAGCCUAUGCCCCCCGAGUUCCGCGACACCACCGCAGUCAUUCUAUGUAACGAUUGCUCAGGCAAGAGCACAGUUCGAUAUCACUGGCUGGGACUAAAAUGCUCCAUCUGUCGAUCAUACAACACGGUGGAGUUGAAUAUUGUAGGAGGCGAGCGCUUGCCAGCACAGCCCUCGAUGAAUGAAGAAGGGGAGGCUUCGACAGAGCCAAGAGAAAAUGGUCGAGAUGCCUCGACUUCUAUUAGUGGAAGUCGAGGUGCUAUUGCGGUAUCAAACAGGCGUAGGCACUCAUCUCAUGGUGUCGAGGCGCAGUUUCGUGCCCCAGACAGGGUCGCACGAUCUGUAUCGCCUGUCAACAUGGGAUUCGAUUCCAUUGGGGCUCAUCUACCUCCUGACGAAGAAUCCGAAGAUGAUAUCCUCGGUCUGUGGAGGAGCCGAAACCGCAACGAUGAAUCGAGCGACGACGACUCUGAGCUAGAUGAUCUCAGUGAUGAUGCGUUGUCCGAGGCAGAAGACGAGGAAGACGACGACGAUGAUGAUGCUAACGAAAUUGUUCUAAUUGGGCACAGAUGA